AUGAAUGUCUGGUCAGGAUCUAUCAUAACCAAUUCGGACUGCAAGUUGGAAGGGAUUCGUUUAAUUGAUCCAAACUCUUACUGGCAUUCCGAACUAUCAAAAGAAUCUCAACUAAGCCUCCGAAGCUUUGUCAACCCAGCACUCAUUCCACUCCAUGCACGCGCAGGCCCGAACCUCGAACUACACACGAGCCAUGCGGGGACGUCACAAUGGCUCAAAGACAAGCUUACGGGCUCCAUUUGGUUAAAUGAGGAAGAUCCAGCCCUUCAACAAUCCCUGCAAUGCCCAGUCGGCCUACUAGUCAGUGUUGACGGCAACACAAAAACUGGCGGCGCAGCCACAACAAACCUCCUAGUCUACGGCGUAUUAGCCAGCGCAGCAGACACACGCCCACCUACACCACCACACUCCUCCCCCUCAGAGCUACCAGACCCAACAGUCACAUCACGGAGGGUUCCAUAUGAACUGCGCAUCUAUGCCGCACCACUAUCAACCUCGCGCCUCGCCCAGGCCCAAGCCUACCCAUCCCCACCACCAAGCGCAGACGGCGAACACACCAUACAAAAUACCCGGCAUGCCGAAUUCCUCCCGGAUAUCAGCUCCCCAAGCCCAAAACGCAAACGGGUAGCUACCCUUUUCGAAGUCGCCGCACAGCACCACCGCCGCGUCCGCCAGCGAGGCGGCGAAGCCGUCUCACAACUAAUGGCACCUUCGCGCCCUCUCUCCUCAUCCCAGAACCUGCAGUCCUUGCGCAUAAAGCGCGAGCCUGAUGAUGACCAUCCCUCUCUCCCAUCUCUUGAUAGGAUCGCACAUGCGCGCCGUUCUCGGUCCGUGUCCAUCGGCGCGAAUCUACACCGUCCAGGUAGUGUGCGCGGCGCACGCGCAACAGCAGAUCCGCAAAAGCGCGCACCAACCCCGAAUCCGUUCUUGGACUCUAGCUCUGGAUCUGGACCUGGACCUGGUUCUAGACCUGGAUCUCGACGUGAAACACUACAAUCACAACAACAACCAUCCGCUCUGUCAACAGAAGAAAAACCAACCCCAAUACCGGGCUCACCAUCCAAAGAUCCCGAAACCGUAAUAGCAGAAAACAAAAACCUAAUUACGCGCACGAUAUUGACCUGUAUGCGUCUCUACGGCUUCCACCGCGCAAAUAAUACACGCACAGCAUCAAUGAGCAAACCACCCGGCGGAGCCGCAGAUGCAGAAGUCGAUGGUUCGGGUACGACACCAGCGCCUGAAUCUUUGCGUGCUGAGACGCCUGCGCCGGGUGUUUCUGCUGAUGAUGAUGAGUUCAAGGCUAUGUAUCAUGCCACAUAUAAGGCUGCUGCUUUUGCGUUGAGGAGGUAUUUGAAGACGGCGUUGGCUGGGUCUGGGCCGGGGCCGGUUAUUUUGCAGAAGGAGAAGGCUAUGACUUGUAUUGAUGAGUUAUUGAGGCUUUUUUGUGAGGAGCAUUGA